UUUGUCAAACCAACAAUCAUAUUCUCAGAUCCAGCCCGGAAAGUAAACGUUGAAGUCAGCCCCCCUAUUUCAAAUUUGGCAAAGCGUCAGCGGUUCUAAAGAUACUUCAUUCCCCACUCACCCAAUCAUAAUCAUCCACGUGACAUUGUCCUCGUCUGCCCUCCGCUUUUUUCGCACUGACGUGGGAUCUCUCAAAUCCCGUCCGUUGGAAUCUUUCCUCAAUUGCCCUGCAGCCUUACCACUCCUCCCCUCCUACUUGCGUCGUCGUAUUUCCCAAGGCGCAUCUCCAAUAACCGCCACCGUCGCCCGCUUAGAUAUCUAUCUCCCUAGAUUUCCCAUUUUCCAAAAUUAUUGACGAAAUAAAAUAAUAUUCUUUUUAUUUUUUUCUGCCACUUUUACUUAUAUUAUAUAAAUAAUAAUUAAAAAUCCGUCUCUCUCUAUAAAAUUCCGUUUUUCCACUGUAAACUUCACUUGAUCCUGCUUUUUCUUGUCUCUUUCUCUUUUGUUUUUCUUUUCUUAAGUUUACUACUUUUUAUUGCCGCUUUUUUUUUCUUAUCUCUUCAUUGUAAUAUACAAAAUAAAAUUUCGCUUUUGUGAUUCUUGUUCACCGCAAUGUGGAAAUCAAAUUCUUGGCACACUUCAAAAAUAAAAAAUGAAAAUUAGGAAUCAUUGAUUCGCCGGUUUGUAGACUUCGACGAUAAAGUGAGAGACGAUUAAAGAUCAAAUGACUUAGGCGGCAGUGAUCUCGCGGAAGCAAAGAUUGCCAUCUAAGCUUCCGAUUUUGCAUAGUAAGUUGGAAAUUCGGUUUUUGUUGGUGGAUUUUGAGAGGGCAGAAAUGUCGAAGGUGGUGUACGAAGGAUGGAUGGUGAGAUAUGGAAGAAGGAAGAUCGGGCGAUCCUUCAUUCACAUGCGAUAUUUCGUGCUCGAAAAUCGGCUUCUGGCUUACUACAAGAGAAAGCCACAAGAUAAUCAGAUGGUUUAUGUUUUGUCUGUUUACAGCAAGAAAGAGAAGUACCACAGAAUCACGAUGGCAGCCUUCAACAUCCAGGAGGCCUUAAUCUGGAAGGAAAAAAUUGAGUCUGUAAUUGAUCAGCAUCAAGAGUCACAAAUUGCAAAUGGCAACAAAUAUGUUUCUUUUGAAUAUAAAUCUGGGACGGAUAGCAGGCGAACUGCUUCCUCAUUGGACCAUGAAAGUCAGUUCAGUGCCCUGGAGGACGAAGAUGAUGCUCAUCCAAAUUUGCUAAGGAGAAGGACAAUGGGAAAUGGUCUUCCAGAUUCAGUAUUUGACUGGACACGGGAAUUUUACUCAGAAUUAUCAAAUCAAAAUGCCAACAACCAAGCAUUUUCCGGAAAACAUUGGCGCCUCCUUCAAUGUCAAAAUGGACUUCGCAUUUUUGAAGAGCUUCUUGAAGUUGAUUACCUUCCAAAGAGCUGUUGUAGGGCAAUGAAGGCUGUGGGUGUCGUGGAAGCUACUUGUGAGGAAAUAUUUGGUCUUGUAAUGAGCAUGGAUGGAACUCGGUUUGAGUGGGAUUGUAGUUUUCAGUAUGGUAGUUUAGUUGAAGAGGUAGACGGGCAUACAGCUAUACUUUAUCACAGGCUUCAGUUGGAUUGGUUCCCUACGUUUAUAUGGCCCCGUGACCUUUGUUACGUGCGAUAUUGGCGUCGAAAUGAUGAUGGAAGCUAUGUUGUAUUGUUCCGUUCUAGGGAGCAUGAGAAUUGUGGCCCACAACCAGGAUACGUGCGGGCUCAUGUUGAGAGUGGAGGGUUCAACAUUUCCCCUCUGAAAUCUCGAAAUGGGAAGCCGAGGACCCAGGUGCAGCAUCUCAUGCAGAUUGAUUUAAAAGGAUGGGGAGUGGGUUAUAUUUCAUCGUUUCAGCAACACUGUCUUCUUCAUAUGUUAAAUAGUGUUGCUGGACUACGUGAAUGGUUUGCCCAAACAGAUGAAAGGGGUGCUCCUCCUAGGAUCCCAGUUAUGGUCAAUAUGGCCUUAACUUCAGUUUCCUCAAAGAAGACUCAAAAGUCUGUUCCCCCUGCCCCUUCUGUUGAUGAAAUAAAUGCAGCAAGCAGAAACUCUGUGAUGAUGGAUGAAUUCUCUGAUGAGGAUGAAGAACAAAUGCCUGAAGCAGAACAAGAGGGAUAUCCUACCAAAAGCGACAAUGAUGCCAAGAGAACAUCCCUGGAGGAAGAGCCAUUUGAGAAAAUUGAUUUGUCAUGCUUUUCUGGUAAUCUACGACGUGAUGACUGUGAAAAUACUCGUGACUGUUGGAGAAUAUCCGAUGGUAACAAUUUCAGAGUUCGUAGCAAGCAGUUUUGUUGCAGCAAAACAAAGAUUCCUGCAGGGAAAUAUUUAAUGGAUCUUGUUGCUGUUGAUUGGUUUAAAGACACAAAAAGAAUGGAUCAUGUUGCUAGGCGUCGAGGCUGUGCCACACAAGUUGCUUCAGAAAAGGGGCUUUUCUCCUUGGUCUUUAAUUUUCAAGUUCCUGGCUCAACACACUAUAGUAUGGUCUUCUAUUUUGUGACAAGGGAAUUAGUACCCGGAUCCCUUUUGCAUCGGUUUGUUGAUGGUGAUGAUGAAUUCCGCAAUAGUCGGCUAAAGCUUAUUCCAUCAGUGCCAAAGGGGUCAUGGAUUGUACGACAGAGUGUUGGUAGCACCCCUUGUUUGUUGGGAAAAGCGGUUGAUUGCAACUAUAUCCGUGGUCCCAAGUACUUAGAAGUUGAUAUUGACAUAGGUUCUUCUACUGUUGCUAAUGGAGUUUUGGGGCUUGUCAUUGGUGUGAUUACGACUUUGGUGGUUGACAUGGCUUUCCUAGUACAGGCGAAUACAACAGAUGAGCUGCCAGAGCGGCUAAUUGGUGCAGUUCGUGUUUCUCAUAAAGAGCUAUCGUCUGCCAUAGUUCCAAAGCUGGAAGGCGAUCCAUCGUGAUUGAUUUGACCACAGCUGAUUUAUACUAAUCAUUUGUUCUGAUAUUCAUAUUUCAGUCGCAUUUUCUGUCAUUUAACAUUUACAGGAAGAUGCCAUCAACUUUUUCCGAAUGGGAUUUUCAGGAAAAGUAGUGAAAGGAAGAUGAAAAUUUUAAGAUCAGCAAGCUCGUCUAAUUAUAUGUAUCUGGCUGGCAAAUUUUUUUUUUGUUAUUUCAUACGAUGCAAGGGAAAAUAAAUCCUAACGUAUCCCUGUAGCACACGGAAGAGGGCUAGAGGAUAAGGGAUGAUGGGACUGCUAUUGCUAUCGUUUUAUUUAUUGUAAAAGGAAAAUCUUUAGUAAAUGUAGUGGCAAUAUCAAGUUAGCAUUUCAUUUCAAAUUUUCGGUUUGACGUGAGAGCUAGAACA